GCGGCGCGCGCUAUGGAGCACGUAACGGAGGGGUCGUGGGAGUCGCUGCCGGUGCCGCUGCACCCCCGGGUGCUGGGCGCGCUGCGGGAGCUGGGUUUCCCGUCCAUGACGCCGGUGCAGUCCGCAACCAUCCCUCUGUUCCUGCGAAACAAGGAUGUCGCUGCCGAAGCGGUGACAGGUAGUGGGAAAACGCUUGCUUUUGUCAUCCCCAUCCUGGAGAUCCUUCUGAGAAGGGAAGAGAAGCUGAAAAAGAGACAGGUUGGAGCCAUAAUCAUCACACCCACCCGAGAGCUGGCUGUUCAGAUAGAGGAGGUCCUGUCGCAUUUCACGAAGCCCUUCCCGCAGUUCAGCCAGAUUCUCUGGAUCGGAGGCAGGAACCCUGGAGAUGAUGUCGCGAGGUUUAAGGAACACGGUGGGAACAUCAUCGUGGCGACCCCUGGCCGCCUGGAGGACAUGUUCCAGAGGAAGGCCGAGGGCCUGGACCUGGCCAGCUGUGUGAGGUCCCUCGAUGUUCUGGUGCUGGACGAAGCAGACAGACUUCUGGACAUGGGGUUUGAGGCCAGCAUAAACACCAUCCUGGAGUUUUUGCCCAAGCAGAGGAGAACGGGCCUUUUCUCCGCCACUCAGACGCAGGAGGUGGAGAACCUGGUGCGGGCAGGCCUCCGGAACCCCGUGCGCAUCUCGGUGAAGGAGAAGGGCGUGGCCGCCAGCAGCACCCAGAAGACCCCCUCGCGCCUGGAGAACCACUACAUGGUGUGUAAGGCAGAUGAGAAGUUUAAUCAGCUGGUACAUUUUCUUCGCAAUCAUAAGCAGGAGAAGCACCUGGUCUUCUUCAGCACCUGCGCCUGCGUGGAGUACUACGGGAAGGCCCUGGAGGCGCUGGUGAAGGGCGUGGAGAUCCUGUGCAUCCACGGCAAGAUGAAGUACAAGCGCAACAAGAUCUUCACGGGCUUCCGGCGGCUGCAGAGCGGGAUUCUCGUGUGCACCGACGUGAUGGCCCGCGGCAUUGACAUCCCCGAAGUGAACUGGGUUUUGCAGUACGAUCCCCCCAGCAACGCAAGUGCCUUCGUGCAUCGCUGUGGCCGCACAGCCCGCAUCGGCCGUGAGGGCAGCGCGCUGGUGUUCCUCCUUCCCAUGGAAGAGUCCUACGUCAAUUUCCUUGCCAUCAACCAGAAAUGCCCCCUGCAGGAGAUGAGGCCCCAGAGGAACACGGCGGACCUCCUUCCGAAGCUCAGGGCCAUGGCGCUGGCCGACAGGGCCGUGUUCGAGAAGGGCAUGCGGGCCUUCGUGUCGCACGUGCAGGCCUACGCGAAGCACGAGUGCAGCCUCAUCUUCAGACUGAAGGAUCUGGAUUUCGCCGCGCUGGCUCGCGGCUUCGCCCUGCUGAAGAUGCCCAGGAUGCCGGAACUGAGGGGAAGGCAGUUCCCGGACUUUGUGCCCGUGGACGUCGACACAGACACCAUCCCAUUCAGAGAUAAAGUCAGAGAGAAGCAGAGGCAGAAACUGCUGGAGCAACAGAGAAAUGAGAAAACAGAAAAUGAAGGGAGGAGAAAAUUCAUAAAAAAUAAAGCUUGGUCGAAGCAGAAGGCCAAAAAGGAAAAGAAGAAAAAGAAUAAAAAGAGAAAAAAGGAAGAGGGUUCCGACAUUGACGACGAGGACAUGGAGGAACUUCUUAAUGACACGAGGCUCUUGAAGAAGCUUAAAAAAGGCAAAAUCACGGAAGACGAGUUUGAGAAGGGGUUGUUGACGAGUGCCAAGAGGUUGCUCAAGACAGCAGACCCUGGGGCCUUGGAUCUGGGAGCGGACUGCUGAUUCCGGAGCCCCAGGAGCGCACCUGCACGUGGCCAGCGGUGCACGUGGCUGGCAGCGCGAGUCGGCGACCAGAGCCUCCGCAGACGUGCUGCCCGUCCAGACUGGGGAGAGGGAGGGGCUUGUACUAAUGGAUUUUUUAAAAAUAGGU